AUGACGAAAGAUGAUGACAGAGAUGAUGACAGAGAUGAUGACAAAGAUGAUGACAAGCGUGACGAAAAAGACGAGAACAAAGUUGAUGACAAAGAUGAUGACAAAGAUAACGACAAAGACAAUGACAAAGAUGAUCAUAAGGCUGACGACAAAGAUGAUGACAAAGAUGACGACAAAGGUGACGACAAAGACGAUGACAAGAAUGAUGGCAAAGUUGAAGACAAAGAUGACGACAAGGAUGACGGCAAAGAUGACAACAAUGAUGACGAUGAAGACGAUGACAAAUACGAUGAUAAAGACGAUGAUCAAGAUUUUGACAAAGAUGAUAACAAGGAUGAAGACGAAGAUGAUGACAAAGAUGACGACGAAGAUGACGGCAAAAAUGACGACAAAGAUAAUGUUAAAGGUGGCGGCAAAGACGAUGAUGAUGUUGACGAAGAUGAUGACGAGGACGAUGACGACGAUGAUUACGAAGACGAUCACAGCAAUGACGUCGACGAUGAUGAUAACGACGAUGAUGACAACGAUGAU